AUGGAUAUAUAUGAAAAUUUGAAUGAUGAUAAUCUUAUAUAUGGUACAUUUCGUUUAUUUGGAAGUCAAAAUGUUUAUGUAGAAUUAUUAUGGAAAUAUAUUAUGCAUCGAUAUAAUUAUUCUGAAACAGUAAUUCAUUUUGCUGGACUUAUCAAAUCGAUGCUCGAUAGUAUUAGACAAGCAACAAGUGUUUAUAUAAGCAUUGAUAUUCAUCAUGAGUUUAGAGAUGAAGCCAUUGAAAAGACGAAAGAAACACUAAUUCUUAGUCAAAAUGAACCGGUCUAA